UCUGUCUUUCUGUCUGUCUGUCUGUCUGUCUGUCUGUCUGUCUAUCUAUCUAUCUAUCUAUCUAUCUAUCUAUCUAUCUAUCUAUCUAUCUAUCUAUCUAUCUAUCUAUCUAUCUAUCUAUCUAUAGAUAGGAGGGUAGUUAAGUUAUGAGAUGAUUAUUAAUCAAUGUAUUAUGGAGAAGGGGUUAGAUUUGUCAGUUCGUAUCUCUUCGAAUAUGUAGAUUAAAUUUAAAAAAAAAAAAAAAAAAAACUCAUCCCUCUGUGUAAAUAAUAUUUCUCAUUUGUUUGGAUAUUUUAUCCCUUUUUUAUUUACAUGUUCGAAAAUAAAUAUAAAUGAACGAAUCAUACAUGUAUAUUUUCCUUUCUGUCCAUUUCUGUUUAUUUUGAGAACUUUCUUAUAUCUGACUUCAUUAAACACAGACCAACUUUAAUCAUAUACACACGCAGGGCCGGCCCUGGCAAUGUUGGCGCCCUAGGCGAGAUUUCAAAUUGGCGCCCCCCAACAUACACACGCAAACUUUCAUGCAUCCCCAAGAACUUUUGGACUGUUCUUCCGUCUGUACCAGGAGCCGCCCCUGUACAUGCGAGUAUUUAUUUUCGUGAACAGGCCAUAGACUAUAUUACAGUUUUUCUCCAUUGCUUUGGCUCAUUUCACAAAACAGAAAUGACAUUCUCAGAGCUCUAAGUGCAAUUGGCAAAAUAGCUCAUAUGGUUCAGCACAACUACAUAGAUCACUGCAAAGUUGCACCUGAAAAUUAAGCCGAUGAUCAAAGAUAUCCUUAUUACAGUAUAUACCAUGAUGUUUUUCAUGGUAUUAUGUGCCUGUACGAUUUUGACAGUGGAGUGAACUAUUGUGCAGGUGAUGAUGUACACAAUGAAAUUAUGCCAACAUGUUCUGCAGAGAACGACCACCUGACUGAGAAGCGACAGUCAGUUUUGACCAACAAUAUAUAUUCAAUUGGUAAUUGGGCUAACUGAAGCCAAUUGUACCUAACCGUUUGCAAAGGUGGGCUAAAUCAUUUGAAAUUUGUGCAAGCUGUUGGAAAUUGUACUUGUCAUUGCAAGGAUGUGCUAAUACAAUUGCAAUUUGAUUAAAGGAAUGAGUUAUUCCAAUCUGUUGUGAACAAGUGCCCAGUGGUUUGGAGGUUUGCACGUGUUGUUUUGAGAAUGUCAUUUCUGUUUCGUGAAAUGAGCCAAAGCAAUGGAGAAAAACUGUAAAUAGAGGAACAUACGCACACGCUUCUACGUCAUCACGCUGAACGCAGAGGAUUGUGGGUAAAAGGAAGCCCGUUGUUUACCAUGGCGACGGGGACGCUGCAGUUUGUCGCCAUCAGACACAAAGUUCGUCUGGUGUUCUUUCUCUUGAUUCACGCAGAUUCACUUCGCUGCCAGCAGUUUGUUAUUCCCUUCAGGGCUCCUGCGGACUGUGGCGCGGAGGAGCUCUUCGACAUUUCCAGCUUGUCGUGUGUGAGGUGCGGUUCAAAUCAGCUCCGGAGCUCCACAGGACUGACCUGUGUUUGCAAAACAGGUUACCGAAGUGUCACCACUGAUAAGGCAUCCCUUACUUGUCAGCUGUGCCCCCCUGACAAGCCUGCAGUAACUAAAGACGGGUUUGGUUGUAUUCGCUGUCCGGGCAGUCUCAGUGAUGAGGGGAAGUGCCUCUGUCCACCAGCCCAUGUCAUGGUGGAGCGAGACGUCAGUGGGAAACUUUUGGACGAGGCCAGAUGUGAAACAUGUGAUGGAAACAUCAGUGCUUUGUCUGUGCCGAGCAGCAGUGGAGACAGAUGUGAGAGAUGUCAGGCCACCUUCAUUGACACCUCCUGCAUGUGUAACCCUCCAAAUAUUCUUGCCGGAGGAUUAUGUUUCCCUCCAGGCAGCUUCCAGACAAAUGUGAAUCCCAGUGUCAACUAUGCCCAGUUGAAGCUCAGUGUCCAGUCUGCCUGGUUUGUGAAGAACCUCUACUCUUCAUCAGCAGCCUGUCUUGUCUUUUCCAACCUGACAGCGUGCCAGGCUCUUGGAAACAUGUGUGUGAUGAACAUGCACUCCUUUAGUGGCGUGUCCAACGACGCCUGUGGUCUAUUCAACUCCAUUUUCAGAUCAAUGGCUGCUAUGAGCUCAACUCAAGACAUUUCCUACUGGAGAGCUAAUCUGCCAUGGCUUUACUAUGGGGACGAACCAGGACUGGCCAGUCGAGUGCUUCAGACCGAUCCAAUUCCUAGUGGUUUCAGCUUCAGAGGAAAAAACAAGAACAAUGACAUUAAGCUGCUUGCAGCUGUCUAUAAUGUCCGGGGAGAGUUUCUCAGAUGGGAAGAACUCGGAGGAAAUAAUCUACAGUUAUGUCCGGAAACAGCAAUCAAACAAGCAGCGGCCUACAGCUUUGGAACGGCUUACAAAGAAAGUUGUGAACUGUCGGUGGCAGAGCUGAUGGAUUCCCACCCAGAGCCGCUGUUCUACGAUGUGUUUUUGGAUCUUGGUGGUGGAGAGAACAGAAAACUUCUCCCCCUUCCCACACUCGUCUAUAACCAGCAAUACAAUGGACGCUUCAUCAACCAAGAGAGCAUGAAGAACUGGUACCUGUCUCGACGUAUCUUUCUUGUCGACAUGUUGAGUGGAAGAGAGAAGAGUGUGAGCUCUCAGCCUAAAGUCAUCCGUGUGGCCAGCAGUGUCACCAUUAGGUUCCAAAUGGUUCCACGAACCCAGAAAGGACAAGUAUAUCCCCCUCUAAUGACUGUAACCUACACAGAUGUCCCCAUCACGGAUAUCAAUACACAAACUGUGUCUACAACGUUUGCUGUGGAGUACGAUAUGGAUCAGAGUGAGGCUCGCAUCAAGACCGAUACCGCUCUGGGUGUGAUGGGCGGCGUGGCCGUGCUCUACUCUCUGCUGAAGACAGUCAGCUGGAAGAGAAGGAUCGCCUCUCCGCUCAUUGAUGCCGGGACAAUGUUUAAGUUUUUGUUGUUUUACGCUGGAGAUCUGGCCAACGUUUUCUUUGCCGUCACCGUGGGAACCGGGCUUUACUGGCUCAUCUUCUACAAGGCCCAACAGUUUGUAUCGGUGCUGUUACCCCGGCCUGCUCAGGAGGAGCAGUUUGUGACGUACAUUGGUUGUGCCUUCACCCUAAAGGCUGUCCAGUUUCUCCACAAGCUGGUCCUGCAGGUGUCAGUGGAUGUAUUUCUCAUUGACUGGGAGAGACCACGAAGCAAACCUGUCAGAACUGUGCAAGCCUCUUCCGGUGAGCCAAAACGUGAUGCUGCUCCGGUCAGCAUCUGGAGAACCUACUUUGUAGCCAAUGAAUGGAACGAGAUCCAGACCAUCCGCAAGAUCAGCCCAACCUUUCAGAUCAUGGCUGUGCUCUUUUUUCUUGAGGUCCUUGGUUUUUCUAACUUAGCACUGAGGGAUCCCUGGUCAACUCUCACCCGCUCCUCACAGGCGUACACGCCCCCGUACAGCCUGAUCCUGCGCUACGGUCUUGCAGCUACACUCUGGCUCUGCAUCGGCCUUCUACAGGUGAUUUUCUUCACUGUGUUUUACGAACAUUUUGUGGAGGACAAAAUUCGUCAGUUUGUAGAUCUCUGCUCCAUCAGUAAUGUGUCCGUGCUGCUGUUACCUCAGCGUUGUUUUGGCUAUUACAUCCACGGGCGUUCAGUACAUGGCCACGCAGAUACAAACAUGGAGGAAAUGAACAACAAUCUAAAAAGAGAGGCUGAGUCUCUGUGUGGUCAGAGAGGGCUGCUUCCGAACACAGACCUCCAGACCUUUCAGGUGUCGCUUACCAAUCGUCUGCGGUCGCAGUACGACAGGAUUCGGGAGCCACUCAGCAGGAGGAACGGGCCUUCACGGCUGAACGACGCAUCAACAGCCAACCCGUUUGAGCAGAACAUCAGAGCCUACCACACCAUGAACCACUUCCUGGGAUCCAUUAUAGACCAUGCUCACCCUGACAUGGAUUAUAUCGUCAAGGACAAGCUGGUGUUUGAGCGGGUCAUAGGAAUGGAGUUUCUUGAACCCAGUGACAAAAGCAUAUUUUACAAUGAUGAAGCCCACUCUUUCAGCGAUGUGCUGUUUUAUGGGAAUGAGGCCACCCUGCUGAUCUUUGACACUUUGUUCUUCUGUGUCGUCGACCUUGGAUCUCAGAGUUUUGUGCUUGCAGCUGUUCUUACAUACGCACAGCAUAUGAUAUUCAGCUUGAUCCGUAACUUUCUCGGAAGGAAGAACCUCGUCAACAAGACUCUGGUGGAUGAGAGAUUUCUGAUUUAAAUUCCCAGCUGUGUAAUUUCUUGUGUCAGUGGUAGUUUAGUGCCAUUUUUUUCAAACAUGUUUACUGUUCACAGCUUGUGCAGCUUCUUUUUUGUACUGUUCUUUUUCUUGUACAGUGUUUUUACUUCUAAUGUUAUUAUGAUGUAAAUAUCAUAAUUUUUGUAAAGAGUUCGAAUUUUAUAAUGAUUAAAAUGUUUUGAUAUGAAGACAA